CAUUGGGGGCGUGCCCUGGCGGUCCUCCUCCGGCGCCAAACUGGUAGAGAUUCGACGACCCGCUCGUCGGCCUCGGCGUUCUGGGCCCGCGUUAGAAUCCGGGACCGGACGGACGGGAAAGCUUACCCGAGUGGGAACCAAUUGAUUAUUUUUCUGCUGCUUCCCUCUCAACAUGAAAGAGGAUCAAGUUGUGCAGGAAGAAUUGGGAUUCCAAGAUGAAGAGGAAUCUUUGUUUCAAGACAUUGACUUGUUACAAAAGCAUGGAAUUAAUAUGGCCGAUAUUAAGAAACUGAAGUCUGUAGGAAUCUGUACCGUCAAAGGGAUACAAAUGACGACCAGAAGAGCCCUCUGCAAUGUCAAAGGGCUCUCAGAAGCCAAAGUGGACAAGAUUAAAGAAGCAGCCAACAAACUUAUUGAACCAGGAUUCCUAACUGCAUUUGAAUACAGCGAAAAGAGGAAGAUGGUUUUCCAUAUCACCACUGGGAGUCAGGAAUUUGAUAAAUUGCUAGGAGGUGGCAUUGAAAGUAUGGCAAUAACAGAAGCUUUUGGAGAAUUUCGUACUGGAAAAACUCAGCUGUCUCAUACCCUCUGUGUGACAGCGCAACUUCCAGGAGCAGGUGGCUACUCAGGAGGAAAGAUUAUCUUCAUUGAUACAGAAAAUACUUUCCGUCCAGAUCGCCUUCGUGACAUUGCUGAUCGCUUCAACGUAGACCACGAUGCAGUACUGGACAAUGUACUCUACGCUCGUGCCUAUACUAGUGAACAUCAGAUGGAGCUACUUGAUUAUGUUGCAGCCAAGUUUCACGAAGAAGCUGGCAUUUUCAAACUAUUGAUCAUUGACUCAAUAAUGGCACUUUUUCGAGUGGAUUUCAGUGGCCGUGGGGAAUUGGCUGAACGGCAGCAAAAAUUGGCCCAGAUGUUGUCACGACUCCAAAAAAUCUCAGAAGAAUAUAAUGUUGCUGUUUUUGUGACCAAUCAAAUGACUGCAGAUCCAGGAGCAACUAUGACCUUCCAGGCAGAUCCCAAAAAACCCAUUGGCGGACACAUUCUGGCUCAUGCUUCAACAACAAGAAUAAGCUUGCGAAAGGGAAGAGGAGAACUGAGGAUUGCCAAGAUUUAUGACAGUCCUGGUCAAAAGAUGGCUGUAGCGCAUUCACCGGCCCAUUCUACAGUGCCUGGAAAGAGAUCGGAGAGCCUUCUGUUGGAAGAAAAGAGCUGCUACUGCAGCUGCAUGGGCUGGCUGGAGGGUCUAAGGCAGCCCCCUGCACCGGAAGGACUUGAUAGGGAUGGUGGAGAGGAGAGGCUGGGACCUCGCUCUGCAGUGAUGUCAUCUCUCAAUGAUCUGACACAGUCUACUUUCUGCCAGAGCAGGGGUCCAAGAGAGUAAGCACAUACUUACCAAACCUCUCUCUGCUGGCCUCCCAGUGACCCAGGAGAUGGUGUGGCCUAUACAGGAGGGUCUAAAGUCCUGGGAGUGAGCCGGGUGGUGGUGGUGCUCGCCUUUAAUCCCAGCACUUGGGAGGCAGAGGCAGAU